GGAAGGCUUAGGAAACCGAACGGAGUCUUUAUUUGUGUUUUCUAAUUCAAUAGACUCGGGUUUCUACUUGAGUGUUUCUCUCUCACACGGAGUCCCAGAUAGCUUACCGGUUCUACCGCUGAUAUUUCUGAUGACUCUAAUAUCAGGAAUAUUUGAAUCCCAAUUCCAAAACUCAAUUUUUUUUAUCCUGAGGUUUUGGGAUUUGUAUUGGCUUUUUGAUAAUCUAAUUCCUAGAUGCUACACCUGUCUCUGACGCUACUAUAGCCGUAUUUGAGAUAGGUGGUUGUCUGUAGCAUCUCUCACCCCCCUCAUCUGGUCUUUAUCAGCUUCUAUCUGACUUUGACACAGGUCGUCCCUUGCCGAUGGCUCACUACCCACAUCGCUUGCAGGCGUCAAGCCUCCGUCUGACUGUAUUCGAGCAUAGUGGGCGUCGAGUGUGCGUCGUAAGAUUGCUUGGUUAUCCCGAACUUCUCUUGUUCGAGCCCUAUUAGAGUGCAAUGUAGUGGUCUUUAUAUAAAGUGCAAAUGGUUGAAAAAGAUGGUGCGUCCGAAUGAAUCUAUUUAUGAUCUCACCCUCAGUUAUAUACUGAUGGUGUUUGUACUAGUGUUCAACCACUUGGGUUGGCCAGGGUAAAAACUCAUAUGAUCAGUAUGAGAAACCUUAUGCAAAACACUUUAGCACUCGGAUAUAUUUUCUAGAAAUAUAUAUAUCAUAUUCUCUGAUACGUACACUCAGUCUCGGACCUCGGCUCUCGGCUAGCCGGUGGCCCGUGUCCUAUAAAUAGAAUAAUCUGAGAAGGUCUCAAAUUACUCUUACGUUCUCUCGGGCUGACCCACCUAUACGUAUAUUAAUUGAGAACAAGUCCCAAAUUACUCUCGGGCUGACGACGUAAAACGUUAUUAACGUAUAUAGAAAUACGUUUACUUCUGUAGUCUCUCAAGCCCCCCCGUGAGGCCUCCUCGUUUCCUUGCCAAUCCGCGGGUUCCUGCCCAGUUGGCGCCUUUAGCUACAAUCCUCGCUGAUGCUCGUUGAUGAAUAUCAAGGCGACCUUGUUGUUCUGGCUACAUGUGUCGCUGUCGUCUACUUUGGCGGACGUUCACCAUCGUGCAAGAAAUUGUUUCGUUAAAAUAUGCUUCAGUGUAGGAAAUGACUUUUGUUGAAGCAUUCGUCCACCUUAUAUAUUAUCGUCUAAUCUAUGUGGGAAUGUCCACAUGUGUUGGUCUUCCUAGAUGCUCAUGUGCUUGAGGAUUUCCGAGAAUUAUUCGCUAGCGUUCGCUUCCGACAUAUGUCUUUGAGUCAUCAGACUGGCAAUCUAGUUGGCUGCUCGGAGGAUAAAUUUGGUAACGUUAAGAGUUCCAAGGAAACUAUGCUCAGUUAAACCUUGUAGUCAACCGACUCCCGCGAGUGAACUAAGUCUGUCAACCGCAACAUUCUAAAAACAGCUGCGUUCCUAUGUUAGUCACAACCUUUGCGGAAAGGCAUAAUAUGAUCAGCGUGAGAUUUAGUAGCAG